AUGGUGUCCUUCUCUUGUGAGGUCUGCGGCGACGUUUUGACCAAAAAGAAGCUCGACCCGCAUCGCCAACGCUGCUGGGGCGCAAACUUCACCUGCAUUGAUUGUAUGACCCACUUCCCGGGUACUGAAUAUCGCUCCCAUACGAGUUGUAUGACGGAAGAACAAAAGUAUCAGGGUGCUCUCUACCGACCCAAGAAAGGAAAGGGCCAACAAAACCAGAACCAGAACCAGAAUCAAAACCAGAACAGGAACCAGAACAACCAAGCCAUGGCGCAACCCGCGUAUGUCGAGGAGGUUGCGGAGGACUUUGACACAUGGCGCCAGUACGACAACAACGGCAACGCGCCUGCUCAGGCACCCACUCCUCCUUCAGCAACUGAGGCUCCCGUUAAUGUUUUCGAUUACAUGGUCAACCCUACCCCAACCGCGUCGCGGGUUUCCGUUGCGGAAGAGCCUGAGCAGAAGGAGAGCAACGAAAUCGUACGCUACGAGUCGAAGACCGAGGAGACCACAGAGAACGCCGUUGUUUACUACGAAACCCCGGCGCCAAAGAAGAAGUCCAAGGAUGGAGAGAAGGAGGUCAAGAAGGACAAGAAGAGAAAGAGGGAACUUCACAUCGAGAUCGACCAUCCGAUGACCGACGCGCCUCCCGUUUUGCACUCCGGAUUGACCGGCGGAAUCAGUCGCAUGAUGAGCAGACCCGACGUCUUCCCUCCCUCGCCAGAGUCCGCAGAGACACCGGCCGGCCCCCUCAAGAAGUCCAAGCACUCGAAGCACCACAAAUCUGAGAGUCUCGGCAACAGCCUGAUGGCCAUGAUUUCCGGCUCGAAGCCCAAGAAGACCAAGACCUCGAAGACCAAGGACUCCUCGAAGGACAAGAAGGACACCAAGGAAAGGAAAGAGAAGAAGUCGUCGUCUGCCUCGCCGUCAUCCAAGAAGACCAAACACAGCCACAGCAAGCCGCUCGAAGCACCCAAGGAGCAAAAGAUGAUUGAGUACAGGCCCGGUUCCAAGGAUGGCGCUACUGAAAAGAACAAGGACAAUGAGGUUGUCAUCUUCCAGCCCCGCGCCGAGCGCUUCCUGAGCUUCGUAAACAAGGGCCCCGAGAGCGACAAGGGCGUAAGCCUCAACAAGGCACUGAAGCGCUAUCACCGUGAGCGCAGCGCGUCGGGAACUAGUGCGAGCAAGGUGGCGGAGGAGAAGGAGCUGUGGCGGUCAUUGAGGAUGAGGAGGAACGAUAGGGGAGAGAUCGUAUUGUUUUGUGUGUAG